ACACAAGUUGUUGCCGUUUCACCUUUCACUUUUAUUUAUAAACAUACCUUCCAAUAAUAAAUCCAUCAAAUAAAUCCAUAUAUAACAUACGUCCAUGUCGCAUCAACAACAGCAGCAAUUCAUAACAGAGGAAUUGUCUCAAUUGCAAAGGGAAAUUCUUACCAAGAACCCCACUGAUAUUUUACAGUUCUGUGCCAACUAUUUCAACUCCAAAUUGCAAGCACAAAGAACUCACUUGUGGGAACAACAAGCCAAGGCAAAUGCAGCUGGUAUUGACUUAUUUCCUCCUGUUACUAAUAUCAGUCUUAAUGCUUCCGGGAUAGGAUUUCUACAAGAUAGACAACCAAGUUUCAAGUCGCCAUUCGGAUUGAACGAUCCUCAUCUGAACCAUGAUGAUGACCCACAUGCCCCAGCUUCCAAUUUCAACCCUCAACAAUCAACUCAAGCCCCUCAAUCUGCCAAUUCUGAACCAGCAGGUUCUCUUUUCAAGAGUAACUUUGAUGGAACCGCUUCUUCUUCUUCUAAGAUUCAAAAGGAAGUUGAUCCUUCAUCUCCAAACGGUGAAUCCUCGUCUCAUCCAUCGGCUCUUCCAUUUAAACCAGCAGGUAAAAUACCCAUUGCAUUCAAUGCCAAUAGAAGAACUUCCGUGUCUGCAGAAGCAUUAAACCCUGCCAAAUUGAAAUCCGAAAGUUGGAAACCUCCAGUUAAUAAUUUAUCUGCUGAAGAAGAAGCAACUUUGGCACAAAACUUAAAGAACAAUUUCCUUUUUAAGCAGUUGGAUGCUCAAUCUAAGAGAACUGUUCUUGCUGCUUUGUCAUCUAGACAUUUCCCAAAAGACACUGUUAUUAUUAAACAAGGGGAUGAAGGUGAUUAUUUCUAUAUCAUUGAAAAGGGAACUGUUGACUUUUAUGUUAACGAUGCUAAAGUCAACUCCAGUGGUGAAGGUUCUUCCUUUGGGGAAUUGGCAUUGAUGUAUAAUGCCCCAAGAGCAGCUACCGCUAUUGCUGCCACUGAUGUUACAUGUUGGGCAUUGGAUCGUUUAACUUUCCGUCGUAUCUUAUUAGAAGGUACUUUCAACAGAAGAUUGAUGUACGAAGAUUUCUUGAAGGGUGUUAAAGUCUUGGAAUCACUUUCUGAUCAUGAACGUUCCAAAUUAGCAGAUGCUUUAUGGACAGAAAUGUACCAUGCUGGCGAUAAAAUUGUUACUGAAGGUGAUCAAGGGGAAAACUUUUACUUGAUUGAAAGUGGUAAUUGUGAUGUUUACAGUCAGCUGGGAGGACAUCUUGCAAGAUUAACCAAAGGUGAUUACUUUGGUGAAGUUGCUUUAUUGAAUGAUUUACCAAGACAGGCUACAGUCCAAGCAUUAGACAAUGUUAUUGUGGCAACCUUAGGAAAGUCGGGGUUCCAAAGAUUGUUAGGACCUGCUGUAGACGUAUUGAAAGCUCAAGAUCCUACCAAGAGUCAUGAUGCAGCUACUACUGUUAAUUAGAGGUUUUUCGCAUUACUUGCCCACUUUCUUUGGAGUUUUUAUCCUUUUUUUUUUAUGAUUAGUUGUUUGCAAUAGCUAACAAUUCUGCUUAUAACAUUGAAGCAAUUGAAUUUUGUUGGGAUUUCUUGCCUUUAUAAAUUUUUUUUUAUAUUAAAUUCUCUUAAAUAAUUAUAACGUAUCAUGAAAGUUUAC